AUGCGUACCACAUUCACCCUUGCUGUCCUGGCUGCAGCUAUUGGCGUCAACGCCGUUCCCCAGUACUCGGUCGCAACCAUCAGCCAGAUCUCCGACGGCCAGAUUCAGGCUCCCCCAGCAACUGUUCUUCCCCCCGGCACUGCUCCAGCUUCAACUGCCGCUCCUGUUACUUCAGGCUAUGUCAGCAUCAGCGUAGUUGUUCCCCCAGUCGUUAGCUCCGGUGCUCCAGUCACCACUGUUGCUCCAUCGGUCCCAGCAGUGCCCUCCGCCCCAGCUGGCAACGCGUCCGUCCCCGUUAGCGUUCCCUCCUUCCCCAACACCACCGCUAUCGUCACUACUGCCCCAGCUUCUUCUGGUGGUGCUGGUGCGACCUCUGGCGCUGGCACCACCCCCACUGGUAGUGCUAGUGCUCCUGCUGGAACUGGUGCUGCUGCUGUCAACAUGAUCUCAUUCGGCUCCCUCGCCUUGGCUCUUGCUGGCUUCGUCCUUGUUUAG